AUCUCACCUGACCUACUGCUUCUUUCACGGUUUCACCACCUGUCACCUGCACACGACCGAAACACUGAGAGCUUGGACACAUUACGAGGAACCUCACUCACAAACUCAUUCUUAUCACAACAAUACCUUAGCAUCCAAAGUCUCAUUCAUACCCCCUUCAUCCCACUAAGCCGGCAAAAUGAGUGCAAUCAGGGAGGAGACCAACGAGCCUAUCCAGGUGCUGAUCACCAUGCACGACAACAUGGAUCUCCUGGACUUUGCUGGUCCCCUCGAGGUCCUUACUCAUGCUCAACACGACUUCAACAACCCUGAUACCAAAGCCUUCGACGUCACCUUUGUUGGUCCAGCAGAGGAAGUCCUUACCGCCCAAGGUGUCACAAUGACUGCCCACAUCUCCUACAAAGAAGCACACAAGCGCCUGAAGGAAUUUGACCUCCUGGUCGUUCCUGGCGGAAAGGCUAUGGACAUCUUGAAAAACAACGCAGAGCCAACCUCGUUGGUCAAGGCAUACUCUGAGGUCCAGGCCGCUGAUCCAGCUCGUGAGAGAACUCUUCUGGCUGUCGAUACGGCUGCAUUGUUCCUUGCCCAGCAGGGUAUCCUUGGAGGCAUGGGUGCAACCGUCCAUCCAGACUACUACAUCAAGUUGGAGAAAGAGUGUCAGGAUGCGGCUGCACGUGACAUGAACGAACGCACCGAUGUCAUGGAGGAGAGAUAUGUUGUGAACAAUGCUCGCUUCGACCUUGGCGAAGAUAUUGAGGAGAACCCGUACGUCUUCAAGAAGGGACGUAAGGGCUCGACUGCUCGCAAAGGUAGUCUUUCUCGUCGGGAGUCCAAUGCUCGUCACGAGAAUCUGGUGCGUCGCAAGAGUAUGAAGCUCGGUGGUAUGCGGGUCAUCACUAGUGGAGGCACAGUGAGCGGCAUUGAUGCCAGCUUGUACCUCGUUAGUGCACUGGUCAGUCUUGACGUUGCCAAGGAGGUUGCUCGUCUCAUGCAGUAUGACUGGGUCAAGGGCGUGGUUGUCGAUACCAUUGACGUCUAGGUGAUAUAGGGAGAGACACAGUACUUGUCAAUCGUCGAUCAAAUGACGGAUAUGAUAUGUUGGCCAUAGCAGCCUAUGGUCAAGGGAACUAAGGAAUCUGGAGAAUUGGUUGCCCAAUGAAUCAGUGCUGGAUAACUAGUUCAGUCAGAUAUUGUGGAGAGUAUGCAGCAAUCUAGCUGCACAAUGCUUGGGUACAGGAAUAUGGAAAAUAAACCAGCUCUGGGAAAUGCAGGCCGUUUAGAGAGUGGUUCGCUUACCUAAGCAAGGGCUGCGAGUUGCAAGCCAAGGCAAGGCUGAACAGUUGCCAAGAUUUCUUUCCCAACCUGGAUUAGACCACAAACCGCAAAAUCGGCAGCACAGUCGUCGCAGUUGCCCC